CUGCUGCUGCUGCUGCUGCUGCUGCUGCUGCUGAGUCAGAUUACUCCAUUCCUCCUUUAACCAACCUUCGUGUUCUUUUUGUUUUCCUCUCCUCCCUGCUCCUCCCUUCUUCUUCUCUUACCUUUGCUCUCAUUUUCACCACUUCUUGCCUCCUCAGCUGUCCCCACUCUCUCCUUCACUACUUCUUUAUCUCUCCUUCCUUUCUACACUGUUAUUUUCUACAUUCCUCUCACCCCUCCCCUCUGCGCUCCCUCACCCCCACCCCCUCCAUCUCUGAGGAUGUUUACCACAUACCUUUAUCAUACCACAGCCUGUAAUGACACUUAAUUAGUUUGUUUUAAUGAAGUUCAUGUCCUGGACAGUCGAUGUGACAGAACCAGACUGGACCUAGACCAGAGACCAGGACAUACACUUGCUCAACACUUUGAUGAGUUUUUGAUGAAAAGGACUGAUUUAAACCGAUUCAUUUGUUUUGUGGACGUCAAGAACGUCAGAAGAAGCUGUUCACGUCAGGACAACGAGAACAGAGAGAAGAUGGGAGAGAGAGAGAGUUUGUUUGCUGAGGUGAUCAGUGGAAGUUAAAGAUUGACUAAUAGCUGUGACUGUCACUGAGAUGCAGCUUUGAUUCUAGGGUUUUUAACCAAGACUAUGAUGUGGAUUUAGGAAAAAGUGCUUUGGCUUCACAGGGUAUACCUUUUUAGUGUAAAGAAGAUAAAAGGUUGAUCAGAGAGGAACCGAUCAGUAGAGAGUUUAAAGGGAGUUCUUUGUUCCAAUGACUCAUCAAAGAACAUUCGUCAAAGCAGAAGACAGUGGGACAGACAUGGAACAGUCCGGCACAUUCUAAGAAAGAAGGUUGGUGAAGGGAAGAGUUGAUCAGUCAGAGGAGGAGCAGAUAAGAAGUUGAAGCAAAAGAAGAAGAAUCAAAGUGAACUGUGAGUCAUGGAGCUGCUGGAGGUGUUUUAUCGAAGGAAACUUCGUAAGAAGCAGAAAAAAGUCGCAGAGACGUCAGCAGGCGCAGACAGAGGUGGAGGCAGAAGCAGAGGAGCUCUGAGUCGGGCUACGUCUGAAGCCAGUGUUAACGGUUUGGCAACUGGUCUCAUCUCCAAGGUUCUCAGGUUCACCACCAGACGCAGUGAUCCAGCCUCACGUCCUCACUCAUGGCACUCAGCCAAGCUCGGAGAAGGUCAGAGGACAUUAGACCUGGACGACAUGGAGUCUAUGAGCAGUGGCUGGCAUCACAACUAUCACAGCAGUGUUUCCAGCACCAACCUGUCCAGUGGCAUCAACUCUGGUAGUGGUUACCUGAGGAAGAGUCCGGACCAGUACAGUUCUAGAGGCAGCAUGGAGAGUCUGGACCCCCCUAAGUCCUCCCAGCUUCACUAUGGAGCCCAGCAACACCACUCUCUGGGGCACCACGUCCACCACAGUGGACCCCACCCAGCCUACUCCUCCUGCCACCAGCUGUCCUCGGCCAGAUCGUCCAACAGCAUCGACCACCUCCACAGCAAGCGAGACUCAGCGUACUCCUCCUUCUCCACCAGCUCCAGUAUCCCAGAGUACCUGGCCUCCACGCCCUCCUACAGCCCGGAGCGUUCCUAUUCAAUGGAGACCGUUCCUCAGACAGGAAGAGGAAGUGCUGAGAUACAGCAGGCUGACCUCCAUUACAUCCGAACAGUUUACGACACUCAGCAGGGCGUCCCUCAGGAGCAAGAGCUAAGCUCCUCCUCUGCCGCAUCACUACGUAACAACAGUGGUUCAAAAGGUGACGGGGGCUCCAGAUGUGGCCAGAGCCAUGACCUGCAGGGGGUCUGUUACAGUAGCAGCAGCAGUGGCAGCAGCGGCAGCAGCAGUGCUGGAAUAGCAUUGUCACAUCGACACAGCGUUGGUCCAAUCUGGGGUCCACCGGUCAACCACAGCUCCUGUGAGAGCCUGAAGGGAGUGGUUCCUCCUCCACCCAGGCGCAGUGACAGUUACACAGCCAUCAGAAACCACGAGAGACCAAACUCCUGGUCCAGUCUGGAGCAUGGACGUCCACUGAGGUCUAUCCAGAAAGGUUCCUGGCACCACUCCAGUGGACCUGUGGCUUUAGGUGCAGCUAAAGGUUCUUAUGGCCCUGAGUGUCAGCUCCAUACUGUGAUUGAGAAGAGUCCAGAGAGCAGCCCCACCACAAGACCCCGUCAGGGCGGGGGGUUUCCUCAGCCUCCUUCGUCUCCUGAAUCCUCUUCUGGAUCUUCAGCUCCUGCUCCACAGACUGGCCGCCUCAUUCUGCCCACAAGCAUCUACCCCGUCCCCCAGAUUGAGCCACACUUUGCACAGAUGCCCAACUAUAACUCCGGGCUGGGUCCCUCCAUGGUCCUCCCAGCCCUGGUCAUGGAGAAUCUCCAGCAUCAGUGUCCUGAUCCUCAGAGGGUUAGUGGGAGUAAUGACGUAGGAUCAGAGGGACAGAGGAGUAUGAAGAUAUCAGCAGCAGAAAAUGGUCAACAGGCCAACACCUCCUCUUCACAGGGUCCACAAUCCCUAUGUUCAUCAUCAUCAUCAGCCUCAGCACAGACCAGGACUCAAACACAGGAAGCUCACAGGCUUCUUCAGGACGACCUUGAACACUGCAGACACCAAAUAGAUAGAGGGGGACCACCGGGUCAGACAGGGGUCCACAGGCCCCAAAACCACAAAGAACCUCACACUCAGAGCUUCAAGAGUUCCUCUUCUCACAGGAGUCACGGACACCAGGACCAUGUGCACCAGGAACAGAACCAUCAUCCCCAAACCCAGUCCACACAUGGACCCAGACCCUCAUGGACACAGGACUGUAGGGAGUCUUUCAAACCGGCCCAGUCCAGAGGGAUCAGUGUUCAUUCAGACUCGGUGGCCUUCUCCAGGACGGCCCAGGGUCAGGUACCACCUAACCACCCACCUGUUCAUACCCAGCCUCAGGCUCCGCCCACAUCUGCAUCCCAGGCUUCUCUUGGUCACAUCAGUGACUCGGCUCUGAUGCAGCAUCAACACCAGGACCACAGAGAGCAGGACAUUGACAGAGACCACCCACUGACCCGUCUGGAGAUUGCCCUUGCUGAGGUCCAGAGAUGUGCCGGCUCUGACGGUGUGAUGACCGCCAGCAGCAAUGGCAGUAGUAGUUUUGAAGAUGGCAGCCAGGGUCCAACCCGCAGCCUCUCCGUCCUGGAGAAAGUCAGUCGUUUUGAGGGUCGGGAAUCAUCCAGAAAGAGGCGCAGUCAUAGCACAAGCAAUGCACACCACAAAAGCUCCCAUCUACGACUGAAUCAGAUGACAGACAAAGGUCGCCACUCCCCUCGAGGAGCCGACGACCUGAGGAACAUGUUGGAAAGAAGCACCACCGGAGGGAAACCUCACAGAACGAUGAGCUACAGAGGGAGCAACAGCGAGUACAUGAAGUACAGGACUCCAGCUGAUCCUAGUUCAGCCCUACAGAGGAGUCGCAGCAGCUUCCAGUUAGAAGAAUCCAGAGAGGGUGAUGGCAACAUACGCUCCCCCCGAAGACAGGAGGUGAUGGCCUCCAUGCAGGACAUAUCAAUCAACAGAUCCUACAGGGACUCCAUCAAAGAUGCCCAGAGUCGGGUGUUACGCUCCACCUCCUUCAGACCAAGAGACUGCAAAUCAGUCAGUUCUCUGACGGCAGCUCCUCUUUCUGGCUCCUCCUCCAGCAGCCAGCAGCAUCCUCCUGCAUCUGUCAAGUUCCCCUCUCUUGAGAAAAAAGGCCCCAAAACUAUGCCCAAACCACAGGGUGUCAUCAUCCCACUGCUGGUGCCUCCACCUGUCACAUCUCCUCACACCCCGAAGGAGCGGCAUGUGGUCAGUCCCCCAGCUCUUCCCAGUGUCCCAGCAGUGGGACCUCCCCCUCUAACACGGAUCUGUGGUCGCAAGCGUUUGAUGGCAGAGCAGAAGAAGCGUUCAUUCUCAGAGCCUGAGAACCUGAAUGAGGUUGGCGUGUCGGAUUCAGAAACUACUGCCCUCUUCAGACGUGGAGGAGAGACCAGUGUGGCAGAUCGACGGAAGAUGUUUGAACUUGCAGCGAGUCGUGUCGGGGGUGGGGCUCCCCAGUUCGCCACGUCAAAACCCGAGCUACGUCAGCUUCAGCAAGAUGCCUUAGCUGAAUAUGUUGAGAGGAAGAGAGGAGGAAGUAGAGAAGAGGGAGGACAGAGGACCGGACCGAGGCCUCGCAGCGCGUAUCCUGGAUUCAGCAGCCAUCCAGGCUCCAGCAGUUACUCAGACACCCUCAGCCUCUCCUCCGCUUCCAGCAUGAUCUCACUGCAUGACUCAGAACAAACCGUCUCAUCAGAAAGACGUACAAGCUGCACCGACCUGCGUAACCACCAGUCCAACCUCUUCUACCCAGGCAGGGUGACCACACCCCGACCUCCUGCUCAGCCACCACACAGUGCUUUACCUGAAUCACUUCCUGAGAUCCUGACUACGUUUCCUCAGGAUCUGAUCUCUGAGGCAGGUCUCAGACGACCCAGUCAGUCUGGCAGCAGAGACUCUGGUCUUGGUCUCCAACUACACAGUAAUGAGUCUCCUCUCAGUCUGGGUUUGUCCUACAAGCUCAAUGGAGCUCUGCAGAGGGCCGGCUCCCACAGGGGCUCUGGGAAGUCCGCUUCCUCUGAGGAUCUCCUGGAGAGAGCUGAGGAGGAGCAGAUACCUCCUCAACAUCAGCGCUCCCGCUCUCCCCCAACUGUGGAGACAAAUAAGAAGGAUUGUCCUCCAGGUGACAUCAGGACAUCAUUUGUCUCUGACCGUGGAAGUUGCACCCUAGCUGAGAACAGACCUGCAGACCCCGAGGUGUUGGAGAACCUGUCAUCACAGAACAGUCUCAAGUCCAUCCAGUCUUCAGAACCAUCCCAAGACUCAGGAUCCCCCGUGUCCUCAUCUUCCUACACUCCCGUCUCUCGUAGAGAGCGACAAAGGAACGGCGAGCGUCAACGAGCCCACAGUACGUCCACAUUGGCGGCCUCUGUGGGUCUGCCCUGCCCCUGGGAUCAGGAUGGAGCGGUCUCUGAGUGGCAGUCUAGUGAGAGGUUAAGUCUGGCCAACAUGGACGCCAUCACCUUUCCUGAAACCCCUCAGAGCAGCAUCAGUGAUAGGACAAGUUCUCAGGUCAUCGAUGAAACCCCGUCAGCAGGCAGACAGACGUGGCGCAGGCUGAGUGAAGCUGGCGUUUUAGAAGAGACAGAAAAAGACGUACACCGUGGACGAGCUUACAGUUUAGAAACCAGACGAUUGAACACUUCAGAAGUCAACAACAUUUGUCCAGUUGUCCCAAAAUCUCCUCCCAACAUGGACGUUUCUGUUCCACCACACAGUAGGGACGAGGAGAAGAGUGAAUCAUCUCCUUCCCUGUCUCUUCCAUCCUUCCGUCACCUGUCCUCACUCAGGAUCUCUGAGUCCAGCCUCUUUGGCUCCAGUGAGCAGCAGCAGCCGCUGGAGACGUCCACAGCUCGGUCUCAGCAGGACUUUGAUGAGGUCUUCCUCCAAAGUCCUCCACCACCUUCACCUCCUCCACCAAUCAAAGAGACUUGCAUCAUUGAGGACUUUCCUCCUCCUCCUGCUUCUCCUCCUCCUCCACCUCCUCUUCUUGAGAUGGAUGAAGAACAUAGAUACUCCUCCAGAGAAAGUCCGAGCUCAGAACUCUCCAACUCCAGUGUUCCUGCACCAGGAUCCUUUCUCCCUUUUCCUCCCCUUCCCUCUCUCUUUUUCCCUUCUUCUCCUCCUCCCCCUCCUUCUCCUUCUUUUCAUCCUCCUCCUCCUCCUCCUCCUCGUACACUCUCCACCAUCAACACCUACACCACUGCUGAGGAGAGUCUAUGUCUUGAGUACCAGCCAUUUCCUAAACAAGAGAAGAAACCUGAGGAGCUGCGGAUGGAGGAGCUGGCCCAGAAACUGGUGGUAAAGGACGGCUCUCUGGCACCCCUACUGGACACAUGGGGCAGUAAAUCCACAGUAGAUCUUAUGACAGAAAUCUUUCCUCACAGUAGAUCAACUGAUUUAUCAUCAUGGCAGCACAUGAGCAGUGGGCAACUUGGUCACAGGAUCCGGGAUGUUCUCUGUGAUUCCGGUGAAAAGAUGGAGGAGAAGACAGACAUCAACAGCCUGAAGGUGGAGCUGUGUGAGGCUCUGAGCAGCAGUGUGGAGGCCCUACAGAAGGAGAAGGAGCAGCUGAGUGAGGAGCAGAGACGUCACCAGGUGCUGGGCUCUAACAUUGAAGCUCUGGUCCAGGAUCAGCUGAGGUCCAACGAGAGGGAGAAGUACAGCAUGUUCAUCGGAGACCUGGAGAAAAUCGUGAACCUGCUUCUGUCUCUGUGCAGCCGAUUGUCAAGGAUCAACAGGUCUUUGAUGGUUUUGGAGAAGGAGGAGCUGACAGAGGAGGAGGCCAUGGAGGAGAAGAAAUCUCUCCUCCGUAAACAAUCCCUGAUCCUCCGUCAAACCGAAGACGCCUGGGAGCUGAAGGAGAACCUGGACCGAAGGCAACGAGUGGUCCAGACCAUCCUGGCCGGCUACCUCACCGAACAACAGCUACGGGAUUACCGUCGCUAUGUCAGCACCAAACCCUCCCUUCUAAUUCGCCGGCGCCACCUGGAGGACCUAUCGAAGCAGUGGGAGGAGCAGUUGAAACAACUGGUGGAGAGUCUUCCAGCAGAUGUGCUGGAGGCUCAGGGCUGGUCCAGGACCAGUUCGUUUACGUGGUCAAACUCCACCAGCACCACCUGUUCUUCUUCACUUCCACUGCUGCUCCCCCAGCCUGUAGUUGCAGGCCCCGCCCACUCUAUCAGGUCCACCACUGUGACAUCACUGUGAUGUCACUAACGCAGGUCUUACUGAAGGAUGAGAAAUGAUUUAGAGACGAUUGGCUAUAAAAUUAAAAAAGUGGAUCAGCCUCAGUUCAAACUAUGCAGGAAGUAAGGGACUUCAAUGUGCCUCCAUGUUGUCAUCAUCACCACACUGUUUGACAUCAGCACCCAGUGCUGAGUGGAGUCAAACUGCUGUCAAAGAUUCAGCUCUGGACUACAUGGUUUUAUUACUUUUCUCAAUGAUUUCAAGAGAGUUUGUCCUGAAACACUUUAAAGCUCCAGUGUGUACCAACCAAAAAGGUUCCUUUUUUUAAAAAUGUGACUGUAAAUAAACCAUCUGUAGCCUUACCAGCUAAGGACCAGUUCAUGGUCAUUUGCCACAUCUUUCUGAAUUUAAUCUUAAAAAUCUCAAAAAUAAUAAGAGUUGCACUUUAAUUCUGACCUCAAAUAAUGAGAAGUCAAAGUUUUGUUGUGACUCCAGUUCUGAGAGUGUCUCCUCUGAAGGACAUUGUCACCACUGGAUUACCUGGUAAUGGAAGGAGGACCUGUAAAAUGGUAGAAAUGCUUUAACAUAUGCCAGAAUGAUCUUCUAACAAACCUGCUGAAGCUUUUAGGAACUCCAAACAUCCAGACACUCCCACAGAAACUAUUUCAGAUGUGAAAAUGAGCCAUUGCUCAUAAACAUGUCAGUGUCAUCAGAACAUGUCACCAAUCAAAGUUGUUAAAAUCUGAAAAACAGCAGUGACAUCAUUUUCUUGACACUUUGCUCUUCACUGCAUGGUUUGUUUUUGUAAAAUAGAAAACUGUCAUUUUCCUGAUCCAUGAUCCCAUUUAGAGGAAACACUCCCGUAUCUAUCAUCAGUGUACAUGCUGAAGUGUUCUUGUGUUGCAGUUUUCACCCUCAUCAACGAGUGUCACAAAUUCUUACACACUGGACCUUUAAAAUGACUUCAAACAGAUGGUACAGAUCUUUUUUUUUAUCUCUGUUUUGCCCUAACACAGCGAGAUGAGUAUUUAUUGAAGUAAUCGAGUCGGUGCUUGGAUGAAGUAGUUUCAAUAAUCAAUUGUCCAACUUAUAAAAGUAACAUUGCACUGCUUUGCUCUUUGUUUUUCAACUGUUAAGUCACUGUCUUUAAAGUACUUUCUAAUAGCAGAACACAGUACUGUUUUUAUUUCCCUGUCGUUUUAGCACAGUUUUGCUCAAUGACGUCUCUAGUUGCCAGUAAAGGUCAGGUUCAUACACUGUAGGUCAGGGUUAGCAGCUCUUUUUCACAGUUGUCUUCACAGGGUCAAUAUUUAUUUUUGACAUUUUCCAGUUCCUUUCACUACUUUUCACCUGGCGAGCACUUUCUGAGAUGUUGUGCAGAGAUCACAGCUCGGUUCCUGCUUCAGUAACCUUUUUAUUCCACUUCUGGUCAUUGUUUGUUGUUGUCAGAAACACAAACACACAACUCUCAGACAUUUCCUGGUUUAUAGUUAAGAAAUAAAAAAAUCUUGUGCAUGCUUUGAAGACGAGGGGAAGAAAAAGGUGAUUAAACACUGCUCUGUAUUUUUAUUUCAAAAUAAAUUUAUUUUGUAAAUGC